UUCAGGAAAAUGGAAAGAAAGAAUUCAUUCACUAUCUGUGGGGCGCACACACUUUUAGAACUUUGGAAGAGUUUUUAUUGGUAUUUUCCUCAGUUAUAUAAAAAUCAAUACAGGGAAAUUAAAUCUUGAUAGUUAGCUUCAUACAACAAAACCAAGUAUUUCACUGUUCUUGAAACUACAAUUUCUGAGAAGGAAAAAGAAAUGGCUGAAUCCGCUGUCAAUAUCUUGAUAAAGAGCAUUGAGUUCCUGCUUAAACAUCCGGGAUCUGUGAUUGGAGGAGUUCGGCACGAGAUCUCGCAUGUGAAACUUGAGCUAGAGAGCAUAGCUUCAUUCAUCAUAGAUGCUGAGAAGUGCAAACAGCAGAAUGAAAGUCUGAAUGUUUGGGUAGUACAGGUUAGGGACGUAGCUUUUGAAGCGGAAGAUAUCAUUGAUCAGUUCUUGUAUCAUGUGGAUAGCAUGAAAAAGGGUGGUUUUUCAGGGUGCAUAUUCGGUGUUUUUUACCUUCCAAAGGUACUAUGGUUGAGGAACAAAACUGCUCUGGAGUUGAGGAGAAUCAGAGGUGAGAUUAAAGACAUUGCGAAACGAAGCAAGAGGUAUGAUCUAAGUCACAUGGAAGGAUCCUCGGGCGUUGGAUCAAAUUCACAUCAUUCCGCUGGAAGUGUGCAAAAUAUUGGAGAGUCUUCACUAUUCAUUGAGAACGACGAAGUGGUAGGGAUCGAUGAAGUUAGAGACUCGUUGGUGUCAAGCUUGGAGGGAGAAGAGGCCCACCGUGUUGUCAUUUCUGUUGCGGGCAUGGGUGGUUCGGGUAAGACAACUUUAGUCGCGAAAGCCUAUACUAGCCUGACCGUGAAGAAGAAUUUCGACUGUUCUGCUUGGGUUUCCGUCUCACAAAAUAACAUGAUCGAGGACCUGCUCAGAAAGUUGAUCUCUGAAUUCUUCAAUGGAAAAGAAGAUAUGGUUCCGAAAAACUUGGAGUCAAUGGACUACAGGCAGUUGGUGGAGACUCUUGUGAAGUUCUUGCACAAAAAAAGGUAUGUUGUUGUAUUUGAUGAUGUAUGGAACAUUAAUUUCUGGAGACAAAUAAGCGUUGCUCUUCCGGACGAUAAAAACCGGAGCAGGAUCAUAAUUACCACGCGAAAUGAGGAUAUUGCAGCUUUCCCUUAUGGUCCAGGUGGCAACCAUGUUUUUCGUUUGAAGCCUUUAGCGGAUGACUACGCGUGGAGGCUAUUUUGUAACAAGGCAUUUUCGAGUCAACCGAAUUGCCAGUGUCCUCCUGAACUGGAGAAUAUAGGCAGGGAAUUGGUGAAAACAUGUGAAGGUCUACCACUAGCAAUUGUUGCACUUGGAGGACUAAUGGGAUCCAAAGAUAGGUCAGAAUUGAAGUGGAGGGAAGUUUGUGACAGCUUAAGUUGGCAUAUAAGCAACAAUAAGUUACUGGAUGAGGUUAAAACAGUAAUGUUAAUGAGUUUCAACGAUUUGCCAUAUUACCUUAAAAACUGUUUUUUGUAUUGUUGUCGUUUUCCAAUGAAGGAAUGGAUUGGAGCAGGUAGGCUCAUUAGAAUGUGGAUGGCUGAAGGUUUUCUGGAAGAAAAAAGCAGUUUGAAUCCAGAGGAAGUUGGUAAAAUCUAUCUCAAAGAGCUGAUUUCAAGAAACUUAUUACAAGUUGUAAAGCAUCAGAGUUUUAUAAGGCCGAAGGUUUGCAAGCUACACGAUCUGAUGUGGGAGCUAGCUCGUUCAAUCUCAGAAAGAGAGAAUUUCUUGUCUAUAUGUAGUGCGGAAGAGUUGGAGAAAGACGAGAUAAGAGCACGACGAUUGUCCGUGCAAAAUGUUGAUGGAACGUUUAAGAUGAACGGUGACCUAACACACAUUCGAUCUUUCUCUAUGUUCAAUUUCAAAGGGGAGAAAAGUCUAUUGGAUGAUCUUUUAUCUAGGUUUAGACUACUGAGGGUGUUGGAGUUGAAUGACGCGAAAGUUGACUCGUUACCUAAUGAACUAGGUAAAUUGUUCAAUUUAAGAUACUUAAGUCUGAGUGGUACCGGAAUAAAAGAGCUUCCGAUGUCUGUGAAUCGGCGAGGAAUACGUACGCUAGAUAUUAGACGAACAGAAGUGAAUUCACUUCCGAAUGGAAUAACUGAGCUGCGUAAUCUUCGACAUCUACUUGCCUAUGGUAAGAAGAUAGCAGAGGAUCGUUUUGCAUACUUUAAAGGGGUGAAAGUACCAGGCAAGCUGUGGAAGCUGAAGAACUUACAAGUUCUUAAUUGCAUAGAGGCAAACGCGGAUAUAGCACGUAAGAUUAGGAAAAUGGCUAAGCUUAGAAGGAUUGAGCUGACAUGUGUGAAAGAAGAAUAUAUGAAGGAUUUAUGUUCGUCCAUCGACAAACUUAAAUUCCUUCACCAUAUUCUUACGAUGGCGAUGGAUGAAAAUGAAAUCCUUAAAUUAGACGGUGUAUCAGAAACACGGUCGAACAUUUUCCGGAAGGUUACUUUGGUUGGGAAAUUGAACAACGUUCCUCGUUGGUUUUCUUCGAUGCUCAACGUUAUGCAUUUGCAUUUGCAUUGGAGCCAAUUACCAGAAGAUCAGGAUUUUAUCCCCUGCAUCAGUCAGCUGCCCAGUUUGGAGCAUCUUGUGUUGGUUAAUGCAUACAGCAGCAAGAAGCAACUGCUUUUUAAAUCAGGAUUUCAAAAGCUCGAAGACUUACAAGUUUCGUGUUCACUAGAGUUGGAGGAAAUGGUAUUCCUUGAAGGAGUUAUGCCAAAUCUUGUGCGCCUGCAUAUACAUGAUUGUCCUAAAUUGAAGGAGGUUCCUCAAGGACUUGAACACCUUACCAAUUUGGAACUGAUGAAUCUGAAAGCUGCUUCAUCAGAACUCGUAGAAAGUAUCCGUAGCAAAGAAAGUAGCAGUCGUUCGAAGGUUAGACGGAUUCCAUCCAUCAAACAUUACUAUGAGGCUGAUGGUGUUCAUGCGUAUGAAAGCCUGUCCCUAGACUUUGUGUCCUAACAGAUAAGUUCGGAAGGUUAACAGAAAAUUUGGGACUUAACGUGUGCCUCACGAGGCAGGAAAAACUUCAAAAUGUUUCUUUUAUGUUACUUGGAUAGUUGAGUGGUCAAUCCUGCACCAAAGUCUUCAACAUCUUUUAUGUGAAAGUGCCGUCCUUCCUCUGGUUUUUGAUAUGCCCUUGUAUCUAUUUCUCUAUCAACAGUUCUGCAAAUUUGGUUAUUUUAAUUUCCCAGUGUGAUUUAGGUGAAGUGCAAUGGUACUUGUUGGGAUCAGCCGUAUGAAUCCUCACUGUCCAUGUCACUUUUCUGUUUGCAUUUAUAUGUAAUACUAGUGUGAUUUUUAAUAUGAACAAUUGUUACGGAAAGCAUGAUGAAUCGCUUCCAUAUCCA